AUGUGUUAUUUUCUUGCUGCUGAUGUAGACUCUGGGAUUGAUGGAAUAUUGAGUAGAUUGGAGAAGCAGAGGAACAGUGAUUACUCGGGUAUCAAGUUAGGGAAAGAUCGAUAUGAAGCUCAAACCAAACGUAAAGAUGAGGGAAAUGACAUGCAUUCUGAUAACUCCUUAGGUUUCGGUGGGACCGAUCAUGAAGAAAACAGCAGAACAAUGCCUGCUUACCAUUCCAAAGGCACGUCGGCUUCAUCUGCUGACAACAUUACUCAUUAUACUGAACCAGAAACUUGGAGAAUUUGGCUGAAUAGACGAGCAGGUUUCCCACUUGCUGAGUUUGAAGCUGCAGAGAUUUCAUUUGAAAAAAAUCCUGUUGAUACUAAUAAAGAGAGCUAUAAUGAUGGAAUAAUUGUAACCACUAAGGAAUAUACUGAAGAUGUGGAUGAAUACAACGAGAUCAAUUACAAUGAAAUACAAACUCGUCUUCGGGAUCUAGAAUCUGAGCUCACAACAGCUCUUCGCUCCAUUAGAUCUGAACGGGAAGAUAGUAUUUCGAAAGAGGUAACUGGAGGUUCCAUUGAUUUGCAGUCUCUUUCUGAUUCUGUGGAGUUCCAAGAGAAUGAAUCAUGAGUCAUGAGUGCAAAACAGCUACUAAGGUCACUAAGAGCAAAGCUGGCUGUAGUAGAGGGGAAAAUGACAUUAGCAAGAAUUGAAGCACAAAAGAUAAUAGAAGUGAAGAAGAGACGGAUAGGUGAUGCUCGUAGAUCUUUGCAACUUCUCCGAACAACCUCCAUAGUAUGGCCUAAUUCGGCCUCAGAGGUAUCCUUAGUAGGCUCUUUUGAUUGCUGGACAACUCAGAGAAGGAUGCGGAGAUCAAAGUCAGGCAUGUUCUCGAUAACCCUGAAACUGUAUCCGGGCAGAUACGAGAUCAAAUUCAUAGUUGAUGGAAAAUGGAAACUCGAUCCUCUGCGCCUUGUCGUUGACAACAAUGGGCAUGAAAAUAACCUUUUCAUUGUUACAUGAAUCUGUACAGAAUUUGUGCCAGGUCUAAGUAGAAAGAUGCACCAAAAAACUGGUUGUUUUACUGUUUGUAAGCUGUAGGAAAUUCAUUUCGAUUCUUUCUAGUGUUUUACCUGCCAUGAAAGAUUUUAGUGGGGAUGCACACAUUUUUGAGAUUCUUUUAUGAGAUAAUCUUAGUAAUGUUGCAUCUUA